UGUCCAGUCCGCUCAGCAGCUGAUACUACUGUCUGAAGCUGUCCUCUGAGCGGCUUCACCUUCAGCCAUAUUAACCAUGCUGGGUACCGUCGGACGUUGCUGCAACGGGGUUUUGCAGGCUUUCAAGCCCGGUGUCAACUCACUGAAGACAUUCGGCGGUAGAAAUGCGAGCCUCAAUUUGGGCAGGGGCUAUGCAAGUCCCGCUGCUCAAGCAGCUCUCGGCAAUGGACGCAUCACGGCCGUGAUCGGUGCUGUCGUGGAUGUCCAGUUUGACGAAGGCCUGCCCCCCAUCCUCAAUGCACUGGAGGUGAUGGGCCGUGACAGCAGGCUGGUGCUUGAGGUUGCACAGCAUCUCGGUGAAAACACAGUCAGGACAAUCGCCAUGGAUGGCACAGAGGGUCUGAUCCGUGGGCAGAAGGUUCUUGAUACCGGCGCCCCAAUCAGAAUCCCUGUAGGGCCUGAGACUUUGGGCAGGAUCAUGAAUGUCAUUGGAGAACCUAUUGAUGAACGUGGUCCUAUUAGCACCAAACAAACCGCUCCUAUCCACGCUGAAGCCCCCGAGUUCACUGACAUGAGUGUGGAGCAAGAGAUUUUAGUCACCGGCAUCAAAGUGGUCGAUCUCCUUGCACCCUACGCCAAGGGUGGAAAAAUUGGUCUGUUUGGCGGCGCUGGCGUAGGUAAGACUGUCUUGAUCAUGGAGUUGAUUAACAACGUGGCCAAGGCUCACGGUGGCUACUCGGUGUUCGCCGGAGUCGGAGAGCGCACCCGUGAAGGCAACGAUUUAUACAACGAAAUGAUUGAGUCUGGCGUCAUUAACCUGAAGGACACCACGUCAAAGGUUGCGCUGGUGUACGGUCAGAUGAACGAGCCUCCGGGCGCCCGUGCCAGGGUCGCUCUUACCGGGUUGACAGUGGCGGAAUAUUUCCGCGAUCAAGAGGGACAGGAUGUGCUUCUUUUUAUCGACAACAUCUUUAGGUUUACUCAGGCUGGAUCAGAGGUGUCUGCCUUGUUGGGUCGUAUCCCCUCUGCCGUGGGAUACCAACCAACCUUGGCCACCGAUAUGGGUACCAUGCAGGAACGAAUCACAACCACCAAGAAAGGUUCCAUCACCUCGGUUCAAGCCAUUUACGUGCCUGCCGACGACUUGACUGACCCCGCCCCCGCCACAACAUUCGCCCAUUUGGACGCCACAACCGUGCUGUCCCGCGCCAUUGCCGAGCUGGGCAUUUACCCUGCCGUGGACCCCCUGGAUUCCACCUCCCGCAUCAUGGACCCCAACAUCGUAGGCUAUGAGCAUUACGACGUCGCUCGAAGCGUACAAAAGAUUCUCCAGGACUACAAGUCACUACAAGACAUCAUCGCUAUUCUGGGCAUGGACGAACUGUCCGAGGAAGACAAGCUGACCGUCGCUCGUGCUCGCAAGAUCCAGCGUUUCCUGUCGCAGCCUUUCCAGGUAGCUGAGGUCUUCACUGGCCACAUGGGAAAGCUGGUGCCUCUCAAGGAGACAAUCAAAGGAUUCCAGAGCAUUCUAGCAGGGGAAUACGACGCCUUGCCCGAACAGGCGUUCUACAUGGUGGGUCCCAUCGAAGAAGUGGUCCAAAAGGCAGAGAAACUGGCAGAGGAACACUCUUAAAUGAGCGUGGGUUAGAAGUCUCUCUGAUUUGUACAGUCUUAUUUCUAUUUGAGGAACUUCUGACCUGUCACGCUGAGUAUCUUGUGGUUUGUAUUGUUCCGAAAAGCUUGGCAUGAGAGUAAAGGUGACGUUGUCAUACAGCAA